GAAUUCCGUUGACGACCUUCUAAGAACCGCUACCCUUAAACUUGUUUGUGCGUGAUAUGAAUUUGCGUCCUGGUGAUGAGGGUAUUGAAAAAGAAUGUGAAUACAGGUACAUUAACUCUCAGCUCGAAGCAAAAACUAUGCACUUGUUAAGGGAAGCCGACGAAAUAUUGGCUCACGGCGCUAAAUCGACGAAUGAUGAUUUAUGUAAAGCGUCACUUACAAACUCAGAAUACUGCAGUUCUUUACGUCAGUCAGUUGAUACUGUAGAACCGACAUCUGAGUAUCUUGAUAAAGACAAUCUAAACACUGCAUCUGUUGAUGAAGUUGAAUACUGUGACGAGCCUGAUAGGAAUGAAAUGAAUGACAGGAAUAUUCUUCCGGAAGCCGCUGUGGGACUAAGUUUAAAAGCUCAAAAUCGAUAUUUGCAAGCAAAAGUUCGUGUUCUGUUGGAAGAAAAUCAAAAGCUGAAUUCACAAAUAGCUCAACAGGACUAUGAUUCAGUUAAACGUAGUUUAGAUCAACAAGCUGCUGAAAUUAAAGCCUUAACAACACGUUUGAAUCGUGCAACUGAAGAAUGCGAUCGGUAUAAAGCAGAGUUGGAGAAGGUUCGUUCAUCUACCCGAGAAAAUGUUGAUUCCCUUCGUCAUAAUGUUGAUAAUUUAAUGACUGAGAAUAAACGGCUAGAAAGACAAAAAACUGAAUUAAUUGGAGCAUUCAAAAAACAAAUGAAACUGAUUGAUGUAUUACGUAGGCAAAAGAUGUUAAUCGAAGCGUCGAAAUGCUUACAAAUUACUGAAGAAGAAUUUCUAAAGGCUUUGGAUUGGUAAAUUCCGGACAUUUUGAAUUCUUCUCGCGUUAUAUAAAAUACUUUUAAACUGGUGAUUUGAUUAAUUAAUUGAACACACACAUACUGAAUGUAACCAACCAAUCAUAUCAUAUCGUAUCACUUACAGUUAUUUAUUAUUUUUAUUUGUUCAUUUUAAUGUAACUAAGUUGUACUGCCUUUAUUGUAGAAAAUAUAUACUUUUCGUAUAGAAUAUAUGUGUGCUAAAUUCUUCUGGUGUUGAUUGAUUAUUGUUGCGUAUAACUGUCAAAGUUCUUUUUAUAGUGAAUUUGAAAUUCACGUAAUAAUGGUACAGAAAUGGCGUACAAUCGGUUGUGUUGUUGAUAGCCACUAUAAUAUUUUAACAAAUCUUUGUCCCUUUAGUCACCUCUGCAUUUUCUAAUUUGUUCAACUGAUUAUAUUGGUAGGUUAAAGAGUUUCAUUUAUUAUUGCUCCGAAGGUUAUUUACAGGUGUGAUCUGAAGAAUCACUAAUGUUAACUUCAGUUCAGCAAUGGUGUUUUUGAUUGCUAGAUUUUUGCCAUUCAUUGAUGUUGUAAAUAUGUUUUAUUUAUGCGUGUCAUUUGCCAGAUAACUUUCGAUACGUGAUGGCUGUAAAUUCUCUCAUUUCUUUCACUCCUUUGCAUUCUGAGUGGAAUGUAAGGCUUCAAGUUUCAGUUGCGGUGGGUGGCGUUUCUAAUAAGAGGUGAGAUUGCUGGCCUCACGCCCGAUGUUCCCUUUUUCCGUGAAUUUGUACCAGUUAAGUGAGGUGUUUAGGAGUGCAUCGACUGAAAAUCAAAUCAUGGGUGUGGUUGGCCAGCAUUCUAUCACACUGAGCCACCGACGCACGAUGACUGUAAAUAGGAGAAUUAAUUCUGCCUGUUGUUCAAAUAAACCAGCUUAUAAAUUUGGAAAUCUAGUAGGGCUGAAAACUAGUUGAGAUUAACUACUAUCAUGAAAGGAAUAAAUGAGGUCUUUAUUCGAAAUAUCUUGCAAAUAGACGAACACUUCUAAGUAUUUCAAAUAAUUACUUAACUACAAUGACAUAUAUUUGGUCGUAAUUUCUUCGUCUAUGAUAAAAUAUUAACUGAUAUGUAAGAAAGGGGCAAAAACAAAGUGAACUUUGAAUGUUUAGUUACCGAAACCACUUUCAGUCUGGAUGUGGCUAUAUGUAUACCAAUUAGCAGUUGAGACUGGCUGGCGAAGGAAAUAUGGUUUAGUGAUUCUGUAUCACUGAAUUGAUGUCAUUGUUAGACUUGAUUUUCAAAAAUAUAGUUUUUUCUCUUACAAAGCUUGAAGGUGUAAAUUGAACUCAUCCAGAAUGUAUUGUGAACUGGUUUCGUACUGUAAUCGAUAAAGUACAAUUCAUGAUACAUGAUGUCUUAUGUACACGUAGUGCGUGUAUCAUAUGCUUGACUGAUCUCAUAUUCUCUCUAGGCCAGACGUCAUUUUAUUCCGUAAUGCCGAAAAAUGCUCUUAGAGCGGUGUAAAAAUGUAUUUAAUGAUUGGAAAAUAGCACUAAAAGCAUGUCAAGUAGUUGAUAGCAACCAAUGUAUGUUGUCUGUCUCAAUUUUAUUUUCCAUAAUCAUAUAUGACAGGUGUGAGUACAGGUGGUGCGAAAUUAUGUGCACGCAAGUGUCUUAAUGUCAUUUUUUUCUAGUUGCAAAGCUACUGACAACCUCUUAGCCUACUAAUAAACUCGCUAUCGCUAUUGGAAGACGUCUAACAACACCACGUUUUUUAAAUGUAAGAUUUUUUUGCAUAGUCGUAUUAGAGAUUGGGACUCUUUCUGUUGGUUACAAGAUUUCAUUAUGAGCUGACAUCAGCUACAGAACCAUUAGAAAACCUGGGAGUACUGGAUAGCUGUUUCCUCAGUCCUAGUUUGGGACUCUUCAGCAGU